UAAACAGCUUUGGUCUGAAGAUUGUCUGUAACCCGCCAAAAAAGAAAAACUAGAAGAAGACGACGACGAACAGUUUCGCGGGAAUACUAAACCGUGCAUCUGAUUUUAAUUUGAGUUUAGAGUUGAAUAUAAUCUUUAGCAGAAUAAAAUGUCCCGCACCGCAGUGGAACUUACAAAUGGGCAUUGCACCGACGCAGAAAACAAGACCGAAGAUGCAAGUGCAGGAAGAAAGGACUUCUCUAUGUUUUGCGACGAGCGCGGAUAUAUGAGUCUGAUCGAGUUUAUUCUGCAGAACGGCGCGAGGAAAGGCGACCGAACCGGAACCGGAGUGAUUUCUGUGUUCGGGUCGCAGGCCAGAUACAGUCUCAGAGAUCAGUUUCCUUUGUUGACGACCAAAAGGGUUUUCUGGAAAGGCAUAUUGGAGGAGCUGCUGUGGUUUGUCAAGGGUUCAACCAACGCCAAAGAGCUGUCAGAGAAGGGUGUGAGAAUCUGGGAUGCUAACGGCUCCAGGGAGUUUCUGGAUAAGAGCGGCUUCAGCGAUCGAGAGGAAGGAGAUCUGGGUCCGGUGUAUGGCUUUCAGUGGAGGCACUUUGGCGCUGAAUACAAAGACAUGCACGCCGAUUACUCUGGGCAAGGUGUUGACCAGUUACAGAAAGUGAUUGACACCAUCAAGUCAAACCCAGAAGACCGGAGGAUCAUCAUGUGCGCUUGGAAUCCCAAAGAUCUCCCUCUGAUGGCGCUGCCGCCGUGCCAUGCGUUGUGUCAGUUUUACGUGUCAGACGGCGAGUUGUCGUGUCAGCUGUACCAGCGCUCUGCUGAUAUCGGUCUGGGUGUGCCAUUCAACAUCGCCAGCUACGCACUACUGACCUACAUGAUUGCCCACAUCACUGGACUCGAGCCUGGGGAUUUUGUGCACACAAUAGGUGAUGCCCACAUCUACACCAAUCACAUUGAGCCGUUGAAAGAGCAGAUUCGGAGAGAGCCACGUCCGUUCCCCAAACUCAGGAUCAAACGCAAAGUUGAACGAAUUGAUGAUUUCCAGGCAGAGGAUUUUGAGAUCUAUGACUAUGACCCCCAUCCUGCAAUCAAAAUGCAAAUGGCUGUUUAGACCUUAUAAAAAUAAUAAUAAUAAUAAAUGUACAUUUAAAUGGGAGUACUAGUCUCAAUGUUUUAUAAACAACAUCUAUUCUCAGUUAUAAUAACCAACCUAAUGUUUAGUUUGUAGUGAAAUCUGAUGUGGCUUAAAUAUCAAACCACCAUUUGUCUUAGUCAACAUUUGAGAAACCAGUAUGUUGUUUGGUCUAAACAUCAUCUGGUCCAGAUAAGGAGAAAUUAUUUUUGUUAAUAUCUGACUAUGAUUAUAUUAGAAACCAAACACACGCCAGCCAAAAGAACAGACACCUGAAUAAGUUGUUGGUCAGUGCUCUGUAC